AUGGCUGUCAAAAUGGAAUCUGUUUUUGUUUACGUGAUUUUAUCUACUUUACUCGUAAUUUCUGAACCGCGAUGGCUUGAUGGCCUGAUCUCUCGAAAGAGUUUAAUAUCGGAAGGAUCGAAUUCCCUUUAUCAUAUUUUUCCUCCUACGUUGAAUAGAGAAACCCCGGAAGGGCCAAAUCCCCUUCAUAACAAUUUUCCUCCUACGUCGCCUCAUGCUUUUGAUGCUAUUGUGAAGAGAGAAACGCCAGAGGGGCCAAAUCCCCUUCAUCACAAUUUUCCUCCAACUUCGCCUCAUGCUUUUAAUGCUAUUGUGAAUAGAGAAACCCCGGAAGGUCCAAAUCCCCUUCAUCACAAUUUUCCUCCAACUUCGCCUCAUGCUUUUAAUGCUAUUGUGAAUAGAGAAACCCCGGAAGGUCCAAAUCCCCUUCAUCACAAUUUUCCUCCUACGUCGCCUCAUGCUUUUAAUGCUAUUGUGAAGAGAGAAACGCCAGAGGGGCCAAAUCCCCUUCAUCACAAUUUUCCUCCAACUUCGCCUCAUGCUUUUAAUUCUAUUGUGAAUAGAGAAACCCCGGAAGGUCCAAAUCCCCUUCAUCACAAUUUUCCUCCAACUUCGCCUCAUGCUUUUAAUGCUAUUGUGAAGAGAGAAACCCCGGAAGGUCCAAAUCCCCUUCAUCACAAUUUUCCUCCUACGUCACCUCAUGCUUUUAAUGCUAUUGUGAAGAGAGAAACCCUGGAAGGUCCAAAUCCUCUUCAUCACAAUUUUCCUCCUAUGUCGCCUCAUGCUUUUAAUAUCAUUGUGAAAAGAAAUACACCGGAAAGACCAAAUCCUCAUCGUCACUCUCUACCUCCGCCUAUUUCUCAACUUGACUAG